UUUAUUUUUGUCUAAUUUUGCUUUUUGUUUUCCACAAUUUGUUUAGUUUCUGAUUUUCCCCAUGAUAGGCAAGUUGUCAUUUUGCUUGAGUUGACUUUGUCAUAUAAUUUCAGUGUUAAUGUGAAUCUUUUUCAGUUCUUAAAGCAUGAAAAAAGGAAGGUAGGUGUGUGAGCUUUGGCUCGGAAGUUAUGCUUCCAAUAUUAGCUUUGGUGAAAGUAUAGCUUAAAUUUGUUUCACUGCCUCGAUUGAUGAAGGACACUGGAUAUGAAGUUUGCUUCAAUGACAUACACGUUCAGCUCCCUUGUCAUUUCUGUUUCACAAUAACUUGCCUUCAAUUGCCUCUCAUAAUACAAUUGUUGCAUCUGAAUGAUACAAGAUAUGCUUUUUACGAGACAUUACUCGCGUAACUACCUACCCAUCACUGAGAUUGGCAAGACUCAUUGAUACAAUCAAGUUCCAGGUCUCCAAUUGUUUUGAGCUGCUAGUCUGAAACGUACUUUUUCCUAAGGUCAUUUUUGAUUGGAGUAAUUAUAAUCAGGACAUCUCCAAGUUUUAUGACUCCAAGUCUGAGGACUAUGAAUCAUCAGGAGAGUCAGAAGCUGGCAAAAGUGAAUUCUUUGGAGAUGAGAGACAUGGGUUUCACUGAGAGAGACAAUAGUGAUGGCUUGGAUGAUAAUCAUGAUCUAAAUGAGCAAAGUGAAAGCUCCCAAUCCCAUCUAGCAGUUGAUGAGAGUGAUUCAUCUGAAGAUGAGGUGGCUCCUCGAAAUACUAUUGGUGAUGUUCCUUUGGAGUGGUACAAGGAUGAAAAACAUAUUGGAUAUGACAUUGCUGGGAAAAAGAUAACAAAGAAAGAACGACAAGAUAAACUGCAUUCCUUUCUUGCAAAUGCUGAUGACUUGAAAAAUUGGCGCAAGAUCUAUGAUGAGUAUAAUGAUGAGGAAGUAGAGCUGACUAAAGAAGAGACCAAACUCAUUCGCAGAUUGCUCAAAGGGAAGGCACCACAUGCUGAAUUUGAUCCAUAUGCGCCUUAUAUUGAUUGGUUUAAAUGGGAUGAUGCAAAACAUCCUUUAUCUAGUGCACCAGAACCAAAGAGGAGGUUCAUUCCUUCAAAAUGGGAAAGCAAAAAGGUUGUUGAGUAUGUUAGGGCAAUUCGCAAAGGAUUGAUAAGGCUUGAGAAGCCAAAAGAAGAGCCUCAUUUCUAUCUACUCUGGGGAGAUGAUUCCAGCUCAGCAGAUAGGACUAAGCAUUUGGCUUACAUUCCCCCUCCAAAGCCAAAAUUGCCGGGCCAUGAGGAAUCAUAUAAUCCUUCUCUAGAAUACAUGCCAACACAAGAAGAGAUCAACUCUUAUCAGCUGAUGUAUGAAGAAGAUCGCCCUAAAUUUAUACCUAAAAGGUUCACAUCCUUUAGAAGCAUUCCUGCAUAUGAGAAUGCUAUCAAGGACUCCUUUGAACGAUGCUUGGAUCUAUACUUGUGCCCUAGAGUGCGGAAGAAACGUAUUAAUAUCGACCCUGAAUCCCUGAAGCCCAAGCUACCUAGUCGACAAGAUCUUAGGCCUUAUCCAGUGACAUGUUACCUUGAGUAUAGAGGACAUGAGGGUGCAGUUUUGUCUAUAUCUGUUGAGCCUUCUGGACAAUGGAUUGCUUCAGGCUCAAAGGAUGGAACUGUGCGUAUUUGGGAGGUGGAAACUAGCAGAUGUCUUAGAGUUUGGCAGGUUGGUGAAGCUGUCCAGCAUGUUGCAUGGAAUCCUCUGCCAGAGCUUCCUGUUUUGGCAGUUUCUGCGGGACCUGAUGUACUUAUUUUGAACACUGGAUUUGGGAAUGAGGAAGAACAGAAAAAGAUUAAGGAACUUCUGCAUAUUGGAACACCUAACUCUUCUGAUGAUUCCGACGAUAUGUCAUCUUUCUUAAGCUGGUUUCAAGAUGAAAAGCAUGAUUGCAUCAGACUAAGGCAUUAUAGGACAGUAUCAUCAGUAGAAUGGCAUCGUAAAGGAGACUAUCUUUCUACAGUAAUGCCGGCAGGCGAAUCAAGAGCUAUUCUCAUACACCAGAUCUCUAAAAAACUUACUCAAAGACUCCCUUUUAAGCUCCAUGGCCUUCCAGUAUCAUCGAUUUUUCAUCCUACUCGUUCUAUCUUCUUUGUUGCAACCAAGAAGAAUGUUCGUGUGUAUGAUCUGUUGAAGCAAAAGCUAAUUAAAAAGCUUGAGACUCAACUACGUGAAGUUUCAUCAAUUGCUGUGCAUCCUGCUGGUGAUAACGUAAUUGUGGGGAGCAAAGAGGGAAAAUUGUGUUGGUUUGAUAUGGAUCUUUCGUCUAAACCUUACAAAACCCUCAAGUGUCAUCCUAAAGACAUUACUAAUGUGGCAUUCCAUCGAUCAUACCCACUAUUUGCAUCAUGCUCAGAUGAUUGCACUGCCUAUGUCUUUCACAGCAUGGUUUAUGCCGAUCUUAACCAGAGUCCAUUAAUUGUUCCGUUGGAAAUUCUGAGAGGGCAUACUAGUUCAGAUGGAAGAGGAGUAAUGGACUGUAAGUUCCAUCCAAGGCAGCCCUGGCUAUUCACUGCAGGUGCUGAUUCAUCAAUCAAGCUCUAUUGCCACUAGGAUUACUUGUGGAACACAAAGAUUAAUACAGGGAUGGAAGCCGGCAUCAUUUUAUUAGGGUUAGACCGGUCUCAUUGUGAUUUUGACUCCUACAUACUGUAUGAACAAAUGUCUCAUUGUGUUAUACUGCUAGAUGUAUUUUUUUUUCUUUAAUUGAAGUCAGGCAGUUUGCCUAGAUGCAAUUUUGAUUGAUGAGGAAGGUUAUUAAAAACAGGUGCCUCUAUGAGCAUCAUGUAGAAUUAUUGUUAAUGAAAUACUACUUGGGUAGUUGGAUGUUGAUGAUGCAUAUACCCAACCCUCCCUAAUAUGCCACCCAUCUUUAGCAUUCAAUCAAAAGCCAAAUACAUUAUCUACAUUAGGAAGAUCCAACCUAUCUUUUACCUUCCAUUGGGAUCCACAAACAGACUUGCUAAUUC